AUGAGUAAAAACUUAGGACAAAUCCAUAUCCCGGACUUACGGUUUGAACAAACAUUCAUGCGUCAGUUGAAUGGGUACGCACAAACGGGUCCUUCAAGAUCCAGUCCAUUGAGUGAUGCUGAGUUACAGGCAGCCAAUGUAGAUAUUGAUGAAGAAGUUGAUGAAAAACCCAUUGGAGUUAUUACUCCAUCGAUUGUACUUUAUGCCAUAUUCAAAGAUCAAAUAUUAAUGCCAUUGGUUCAAGGAUUUCUUUGGACGGGUUUUCUCCUUAGUGUUCGUCCCAUAUUAAAUAUUAUUGUUAGACAAGGUCAGCUUAGUGGGAUUUGGUUGAGUAAUUUAAUGGGACUCAAUCGAAAAGUCAGAAUUGGAAUUUUAAUCAUGUUCAGACGGAAAAGUCGUACUGUUCGGGAUACUUCAUAUACUGGAGUUAAUCAUGUAGCCCCCCACAGUAGUCAACCUAAUACCAAUGCUUUAGCAGCUGCUUUAACUAUUGGACAAUCUAUAAAACAGAAAGAAGGGAUUUCUAGACCUCAGGCGGGGACCCAUUCACGUGCUAGCUCCAUACAAUACAUUACUAAACCAAUUCAAUCACAAACACAAGCACAUCCUCAACCUCGAACUCAAAGCUCAUCUGGUAGUUUAUUAAAGAGAAAUUCUAUAGUAGGACAGAAACAAGGGACAGAAAUUAAAAGUACAGUAACUCAUCAACAUCAACAUCAAUUCCGAGAUUUUUCUGGUGGUACAGGACUGAUUACUUCAACUUCUUCACCUUCAACUUUACCUACUCCUGCUUCAUCAUCACAUUCUAAAUCUCCAUUAAAUCAUCUGCAUCCAAUAGUUUAUGAUAUUGAUGAUAGUUUUAAUGAUUCAUAUCUUGAUGAAAUUACUGAAGAAUCUCAUCAAGUAUAUUUGAAUAAUCAACAAAACCUUCAAGAUUUGAAAUUAUCUCAUCAACCAAUUUCAAAUAUUAAAACAAAUUCUCGAGCAAGUCUUACUAAUCAAUCAAAGGCUCCAGUUAAAAUGGUUAAGAAAUAUGUUCCAACUCCUAAUGGAAUUAAAAUUAUAGAAGUUCCUGAAUCUAAUUUUAAACAAGAAAUGGCUCGUAAUAAUUCUAUUAGAUCAGGAACAAGUAUUUCAAGAUCAGGAUCUUUAAGAAAUAUUGCUCCAGGUUCUAAAAGAAUUCCUCGCUCUCCUUCAUUAAAUUCCGUUAAUAGACCUCCAAAUUUGGCACCUCCAGCUAAAAAGCAACCUUCUAGAUUAUCUAGUAUUAUUCAUCAAGCUCCAGUUAUGGAACCAAUGACUGAAAAUGUUGAUUUAGAAGAUAAAUUGGGUCAUAAUGAUGAAGUCGAAGAACAAAAAUUGAAGAUGCAACAAUUACAAGAAAAAAUUGAUCAAGAAAAGAACUUUGCUAGAGAAUUGGAAUUGAAGAGACAAGAAUAUGAAUCGUUGAAAUCUCUGAAUGAUCAAAAAUUAAGAGAUCUUGAACGUCAUAUAUCUCCAUCUCCUGAACCCGUGCAAGUUACCAAAGCUGCUGUUCCAAACCCAAUUUCUGAACCAGUUUCUCAUCCAAAAGAGAUUGAAAAACCAAUUCUCGAGACUCAGCCUCACGAAGAUGAGGAAGAAGAUGAAGAUGAAGAAGAAGAAGAAGAUGUCCCAAUUAUCAAUAAGGGAAUCAUUGUAGAUGAGGUUUCUAAAAAGUAUUUGAAUGACGAAGAUGUUCACACAACUGUAGAAGAAGAAGCCGGACAAGCUGAACAAGAGAAAGAAGCAGUGAACCCAGAAGAUACCACUAUCUAUUCGAAUGUUGCACAUUCAGGUAGUGAAUUAGGGAUUAUCAAUCAAUACAGUCACUUUGAAUCUAAUGAAUUAUUGAAUCGUGAUAGUAUAAUUGAGAAUACAAUAACUUCAGAAGAAGAAGAAGCUGAAGAUAUAUCUUCUGGUGAUGGAUUGGCUAAGCAAUUAAGACCUACAUUUGAUACUGUACCUGAAAUUAUUGAGAAUAAACCAAUUGAUCCAGUAGAUCUAGUUGAACCAGUACAACCUGUUGAGCUGGUUGAACCAAUUGAACCAAUAGCUCAACCUGUAGAAGCUGAACAAAUUAGUGAAGAUACAGUUAAACAAGAAACUAAUGAAACUUUAGUUCCUGCUGUGAAUGUUCCUUCGUCUACUGGUCCAACUCAUUAUUCAUCAGAUGAUAAACUUCAAGUUCCACCUCCAUCAUUUGGAGGUACUACUAGUGGUGAAGGUAGUAGUAAUUCAUCACUUUAUUCCACUAGUAGUAAAGAUUCUCCUAAGAAAUUGAAGUCGGCUAUGAAGAAUUCUACUUCAUUCUAUAAUUCUAAAACUAGUGCAGCUAAGAAUAAUGCAGCUCAUGAAGCUUAUUUAUCAUUAACUACAGCUGAAAAUACUAGACUUAAUUCUAAAUUAUCAUCUACCCAAUUAAAUGAUGGAAUUGGAAAUGUAACUGCUUAUUCACAAUCAGCUCAUUCAUCUAUAGUUCCAGCACCAACUACUGCUAAAAGAUUAUCUCAAAGUACUUUAAGAAAAGUUCCACCUAAUGGAAAUGUAACCGGUCCAAAUCAAGGAAUUCCAAAUGCUGGAGUUCCACCUAGUGGUACUGGACUUUCAUCGAGAUCAUUAAGACCUCAAUCUUAUCAACCUGAUUCUGCAGGUCAUAGAUCAUUAGAUCCUAAUAUUAAUGGUGCCAGUCCAGGUAUGAGUGGUAGAUCAUUAAGAGCUAGUUAUGGAUAUGUUCAACCUGUUCCUCCUCAUCCUGUAUUACAACCAAAUUAUCAAUCGCCAUCUAAAAUUAAAGCAGCAGAAUUAUAUGCUAAAGCCAAUUCUCGACCACAAUCAGUAUUUAAACCACUUACAAAGAGAUCAUCAUUUAGUAGAGAAAGUGGGGCACCACCUAAGAAUAAUGAACCAUCUACUGGUGGUAGAACUACGUUAAGAGAUGUUACUACUCCAAGUCCUGUAAAAUCUCAAGCUCCAGUAUAUGGACAAGGUCAACCACAUCCACAUGCUCCAGUACCUCCAUCACAAGGUGGAGCUCAUGAACCACCUAGAAGUCAUGGUAAACCAUUCGCAUCGAGAUUUGAUGAUUCUGAUGAUGAAGGUUCUGGUCCAGGCUCAGGGUCAGGUGUAGGUUUUGGAGGUAUACCAGGAUUUAGAAAUGGUAGUGGUGGCAGUAGUAAUGUUCAUCAUGCACCUAAAUAUUCUUCAAGAUUUAAUGAUUCAGAUGAAGAGAUUCAUUUCCCCAAACCAUUUGUUCAAGCAACACCUGCCGUUCCACUUUCAGCAAGUGGUAAUGGAGGAAUCAAUACAAGUUUAAGACAACCAUCACAGACUGUGUCUGUGGCGGAAUCAGCCAAUGCUAAACCCAAACGAUUUGGCAAAUUACGGAAAUUAUUCGGAAGUAAUAACUGA